UCAUAGUUGUAACAUUUAUUUUUAUCUUCAAUACUUGAGUGUUUAAUUUGACUUACAGAAAUUUAAAUAUACCCCAGAAUGGAAAGACUAAAAUCCCUUUGUCCCUUGAAAGGCCAUUCGGGUAUAGUAUGGAAUAUAGCAUGGCAUCCAAAAGGACAAAUAUUAGCUUCAUGUGGAGAAGAUAAAACAAUAAGGUUAUGGAAUUAUAAAGAUGGUGAUAAGAGUGUAUUGAAAUGUUUACUUGCUGAUGGCCAUCAACGUACUAUAAGAGCCAUAUCAUGGUCUCCUUGUGGCCAAAAUUUAGCAUCAGCUAGUUUUGAUGCAACUAUUGCUAUUUGGGAUAAUAAGUCUGGACAAUUUGAAUGUAAUGCUACUUUAGAAGGUCAUGAAAAUGAAGUUAAAAGUGUUGCAUGGUCUAGAUCUGGAUCUCUGUUAGCUACAUGUAGUCGAGACAAAUCUGUUUGGGUAUGGGAAGUAUGGGAAGAUAAUGAGUAUGAAUGUGCAGCUGUUUUGAAUGCUCAUUCACAAGAUGUUAAAAAAGUUGUGUGGCAUCCUUUUGAUGACAUUUUGGCUUCUGCAAGUUACGAUAACAAUGUGAAGUUAUAUUCCGAAGAUCCGUCAGAUAAAGAAUGGACUUGUAUUGGCACCCUUAGUUCGCAUUCAUCAACAGUUUGGAGUUUGGCUUUUGAUAAAACUGGAAAUAGAAUUGUAACAAGUAGUGAUGAUAAGACCUUAAAAAUAUGGCAAAAAUAUUUACCUGGUAAUGCUGAAGGAAUAUUAGUAAAAGAUGAAAAAUUUGUUUAUAAAUGUGUUUGUACUAUAAGUGGGUAUCAUACAAGACCAAUAUAUGAUGUUUCGUGGUGUCAUUUAUCUGAUUUGAUUGCUACAGCUUGUGGCGAUAACUCUAUUAGAAUUUUUAAAGAAGAUGAAUUAUCAGAUCAUAAUCAACCAACAUUUUCAUGUAUUGUUCAUAUGAAUAAUGCACAUUUACAAGAUAUUAAUUCCAUACAGUGGAAUCCUAUAAUUGAAGGAAUUUUGGCAUCAUGCAGUGACGAUGGUUUGGUUAAAAUAUGGAAAGUAAAUUCUAUUUAAUUAAGUUUCAAAUGUAUGAUUAUUAAUAAGCUUUAUUGUUAUUAUUUAUUACGAGAAAAGUGUAUAAUUUUUUUUUAUUAUUUGGUCAUAUUAUUGAUUGAUUACAUAAUAAAAAAAUGUAUCAAAUGUAUUUAAUUAAAUGUAAAUAUGUAUUUAAUUAUUAAAUGUUGGUAUCAUGAGG